AUGCCCGUUUUCGAUAGCCACGAGUACCUCACCGAGGAGGAGCGGAGGCUUAAGGAGGAUCGCGAACGUACCAAGUACUGGAAAAAAUGGGGUUCCUACGUCGCCGAGAGGCAGUGGGCGACGGUGCGAGAGGACUACAGCGAGGACGGCGAUGCUUGGAGUCACUUCACCCACGACCACGCACGCUCGCGCGCAUACAGAUGGGGUGAGGAUGGCAUUGCUGGUGUUUGCGAUACCCAUGGUUACCAAAACAUCGCCUUCGCUUUCUGGAACGAGAAAGACCCCUUCCUCAAGGAACGGUUAUUCGGGUUGUCCAACCCCCAGGGAAACCACGGCGAGAGCAUCAAGGAGGCCCACUUCCAUCUGGACAACACACCUCAUUCAUAUAUGAAGUACCUGUACAAAUACCCGCAAAAAGCCUUCCCCUACGAGGAUCUUCUCAAGGAGAAUGCGAAGCGAGGUAAGGAGGACAAGGAGUAUCAAAUCCUCGACACUGGCGUCUUUGACGAGGACCGCUAUUGGGACAUCUUCAUCGAGACCGCCAAGGAAGAUGACAACCCGGAUGAGCUCCUUUUCCGCGUCACUGCCUGGAACAGAGGCCCCGACCGUGCCCCGCUUCACAUUGUCCCCCAUGUGUGGUUCCGCAACACUUGGUCUUGGGGCCGCGAGGCUGCGGACAAGCGGCCAUCAAUGGGUGUCCAUGACGAGAACUUGAUCAAGUCAAAGCACCACCAUCUAGGAGACCGCUAUGUCCUUCUGUCUCCGUCCCCCGGCGUCGGCUCUAGCGGAGAGGAUGUCCAGCCGGAAUUAAUAUUUACCGAGAACGAGACCAACUACGAACUCCUUUACGAAGGGAAGAACGAGUCACAAUACGUCAAGGAUGGCUUUCACCGUCAUAUCGUUGAUCGUGAGAAGGGUGUCAUAAACCCGGAUCAGGUUGGAACUAAGGCAGCUGCGUGGUUCACUUUCAACGAAGACGGCGGCGUUAACCCCGGCGAGUGCGCAGUUGUUCGUUUCCGGUUUUCCAAAAGAGCUGAGACAUAUCUCGAUGAAGAGGAGUUUGACGAGAUUAUCGAGAGGAAACGAGAGGAAGCCGACGACUUCUACUAUCACAUCAGCCCCUUGCCCAUGGCUGACGACCUCCGCAAUAUCCAAAGACAGGCUUUUGCCGGCAUGAUGUGGUGCAAGCAACACUAUCUCUUCAUCUGGGACGAGUGGGCGACCGGCGACCCCAGUCAGCCACCGCCACCACCGGGUCGAAAGGGGCUACGGAACUCUGCCUGGAAGCACUUGCACUGCGAUGACAUCUUAUCGAUGCCGGACUCCUGGGAAUACCCCUUUUUUGCCGCCUGGGAUACCAGUUUCCACUGCAUCACUUUAGCCAUGAUGGAUCCCGAGUUCGCUAAGAAACAACUCGAUCUCUUCACUCGCGAAUGGUACUGCCAUCCCAAUGGACAGCUUCCUGCAUAUGAGUGGAACUUUGGCGACGUUAACCCUCCCGUUCACGCCUGGGCGACCUUUCGCGUCUUCAAGAUCGAGCGCAAGCUCUACGGAAGACAGGACCUCGACUUCCUGGAGAGGGUGUUCCAAAAACUGCUCCUCAAUUUUACCUGGUGGGUAAACCGGAAAGACGUCGAGGGCAAAAACGUGUUCGAGGGCGGUUUCCUCGGACUGGACAACAUUGGCUUGUUCAACCGCUCAGAACCAUUGCCAACCGGUGGCACAUUAGAGCAGGCUGACAGCACUGGCUGGAUGGCUUUCUACUGCCUCAACAUGCUCAACAUUGCGCUUGAGCUCGCCAAGCACCGGCGGAUUUACGAAGACAUUGCUACCAAGUUCUUCGAGCACUUUAUCCUCAUUAGCGAUGCAAUGACUUUCAGGAUGGGUCAGAAGGACGAGCAGUCGCUUUGGAACGAGCAAGAUGGGUUCUACUACGAUGCUAUCUCGUGGGGCGGCCCCUGGAUUCAGCAGAUGCCCGUCCGAUCGCUAGUCGGCCUGAUUCCGCUUUAUGCAACCCUCACUCUGGAGCCGGAACUGAUUAACAAGCUCCCGACCUUUAAGAAGCGGGUCGAGUGGUUCAUCAACAACCGCAACGAUGUGGCGGAACGAACAAUGCAUAGCAUCCGUACCCGUGGCAAGGGCGACAGGAUUCUUCUGUCGCUGGUGAGCAAGGACCGGCUUACCAAGAUCCUUGAACGCAUGCUGGAUGAGGACGAGUUUUUCAGCCCUCAUGGUAUCCGCUCCUUGUCAAAGUACCACAAAGAGCACCCGUAUUCCAUGGAGGUCAACGGGCAGGUCUUCAAGGUAGGCUACGUCCCCGGCGACUCGGACAGCGGCCUUUUCGGCGGCAACAGCAACUGGCGAGGACCGAUUUGGCUGUGUGUCAACUUCCUUUUGGUCGAGUCGCUGCAGCGCUUUUACCUCUACUUUGGGCAAAACCUUCAAGUUGAGUGCCCUGUGGGCUCGGGCGACUACAUGCAUCUUGGGCACGUUUCAGAGGAGAUCCAGCAUCGGCUGCAGCAUCUCUUUGCCCGCGACAACGACGGUCGCCGUAGCAUCAACGCCGGCAACGACACGCUCGACUUCGACCCCAACUGGAAGGACUACCUCUGGUUCUACGAGUUCUUCGAUGGCGAUAGCGGCCGUGGCCUGGGCGCAACCCACCAGUGCGGCUGGACCGGCCUCAUCGCGCGCAUGAUUCAUGACACUGGCGUAAACUGCCGCCUCCCGCAGACCCCACGCACCCCGCGCGCCGGCAUGUCGCACUACUUCGACGACGUGCUCCACCGCGGCAACGGCACGCAGACGCCCAACGCGCUGCUCUCGCCCGCCGCCCCGCGCCUGCGCCGCAGCUCCACAAACCGCUCGCUCGCCGCCCGCAGCGACUACAGCGACGCCACCAACGGGUACGAGGAUGAAGAAGGCGGCGGCCCCGGCGCCCAGACCCCCGGCGCCCGCAGCGCCAGGCGCGGCUCCGUCAACCCGGCCCUCCUAGCCGACCCGGAGAGGGUCAAGGCCCGCGCCGAGGCCGAUGCUCACCUGCAUUCGUAUAUCAGCCAGCAGCUGGAGCGGGUGCAGCUGGAGAGGGGGGAUAAGUAUGAGAAUUUGGAGGGGGAUGAGUUUGUGGCGAAGGCUUCGUAG